AUGCAGACCGGAGAAGGCUGGCCUGCCGAGUCAUUGAAGCACGAAGCCAACAACCGUCCUCUCACACACGAUAUCCUUACUGCUCUAGAUGUCUUGGAUGCGGAGCAAACGGUGAAUCUUGAAGACGAACAUUCUACUGUGCAGCAAGGGCUGGGUAAGCAAGUGAACGAAUGCACGAAGCAAUCAAACAGUUCCUUGAGCCCUGAGGCCUGUAUUCCCAUCCAACCUUUGCCAACACCUGAUGAUCUUAAUAUAUCUUCAUCAGACGGCCCAGUUGGAGGUCUCGAGGCUGAUCCACAUUUUGCCUGCUCGAAAAAUCUCAAUUCCAAUACUCUUGGUGUUGAUGACCACCUUCAAUUGCUUCCAAACAGCAGUUUCUCUGGAUUUGAGGAAAAUCGCUCAACGGCAAUUGGUAGCCAUGUCGAUAUCUUCGACGACGAGCUUGUGAAGCUGUCAACCGAUUAUUUCCUGGAAAAUGGCUGCAUAUCCAUACAUACAGUGAAUGAGGCCAAUGACUUGAGCCCGCUUGAUGCAGGAACAGAGGCAUGGCCUUUGUUGACUGAGCCCUUUUUGGGCCCCUUUUAUUCGUGUCAUUUCCCUUCAGAAUCAUUUGUUUAA